AUGGCAAUCAACGCAAGCCGAUCUGUCGUGGUGACUGGGGGUGCCAGUGGUAUCGGCUUGGCUAUAGCUCGGCAUUUUGCCUCCACGGGAGGAAAAGUAGCAAUUCUCGACGUUAACAAGGCCGCUGGGGAGAAGCUGGCUUCAGAAAUUGGUUUGGAAUAUCCUGAUGCCACCGUUUCAUUCUACCAGUGCGAUGUUUCGUCCUGGAAGGAGCAAGCCGAGGCUUUUGCCCUAGCCUAUAUGGCAAACGGCCACAUCGAUUUCGUUUUUGCCAACGCGGGCAUAGCAGAGGGCAUGUCAAACGCCCUGGCAAUCAUUCAUCCCGAUGCUCCUCAGGAACCUAACCUCAAGUCUGUGGCGGUGAACCUGAAUGGAGUUAUAUACUCGGUGAAACUGGCUAUUCACUACAUAAGCAAGAACAAUCUUUGCGGAAACUCCAGGGGAUCAAUCGUCUGCACAGCUUCUGACGCUGCUUUGUACCCGUUUCCUGUCGGACCAAUAUAUGCAGGAACCAAAGCGGGAGUUGUUGGACUUGUGCGUUCAACGGCACCAAUACUGGAGGAUGUUAAGAUCCAAAUAAACGCCCUGGCGCCAGCUGCUCUAGUGACAAACAUCAUUCCAGACCCGGCUAUGUACCAGCACAUGGUGGUGACACCGAUGUCAACUAUGAUAAAAGCCGUUUCACUUCUCGUGGGUGAUACAGGGCUCACUGGUCAAGUAUUAGAGGUCCACGACGACGAGCCAACAAUUCGCAAGGAGCCUUACGAGUUUGUAUCUGAUGGUACCCGUCAUAAUCAAGAGAAAUCUUGGGAGAUGUUCAAAAUGUUCAAGGCUGCAUCUGGAGGCAUUCACAGUCCGUAG